ACAAGCCGCCAUUUUGUUUGUGCGGACAGACCGAGAGGCAGGAGAUACCGAGAAAGAAAGCGACUUCAGCGCGGAUAACAGCGACUCCGAGACCCGCCGGUGAAAGAGUGGCGGUGUCGUGUCGGUGCGAAAAGAGAGAAGAAAGGAAAAACAAAAGAUAAGACAGAAGAAGGAGGGAGUGAAAAAAGGAAAUUCUCUGAAAAUCCAAGGAAUGGGUGUUUUUACGGAGCGGAGAGGCGGAAGAAGGCAAUAUAUUUAAUGAAGAAAAAAACCUGCGAGCGAAAGAAAAAAUAGAACAUGAAAAAAAUCAUAAUUUACCUAUCGCCACCGAUGAAAAAAUGCCCGCAUAGACAAAUAUACCGAUAAAUGUAUAUUGGGUAUUUGUUGGGGGAUAAAAGGCAGGUUUAAAGGAACAAUAAAUUAGGAUAAACGUGAAGGGGGGCAUUUACCAUCACAAAGACUCAAUGAAAGGAUUUUGUGGAUCCCAAAUAUGUUUGGGGGUGUUGCUAUCAUUAUCUUAUGGAGGAAGCUUGCCACUAAAAUAGCCAUAAUAUUGUAGCGACCCCCCUCGCUUCAUCUGAUUUUCGCCCAUCGCUGUAUUCUCUUGUUCUUGGUCGGGAUUUUUUUCUUCACUUGCAUUGCAACCUAAAUCAGCAUACGCAGUGACCUAUAAUUUCUUGCAAUAUUUAUCAACCAAUUUCAUCUUUCUAAUCAACGGUGAUCUUAUUGCAGUAGGCUAUAUGAUUACCUUUGAAGACCUUUCUUGGGUAAGCUUUAAAUCUCAAACACUUGGGCAAGUAAACCAAACGUCCUCUGCAAAAUAAAACUAGGACUAAUUGGAUCAAUCUGGUAGGACAUUAAUUGGCACAUUCUGGGCUAUAACUCAAGAAACGAUUUUUGCAACAUCAAAUCUCAGAAUUUAGGCUAAAUUAUUUUUCAGGACACAAACUAAUUGCUGGAAAUUGUAUUGCUUCAAUUGAACCUCAUUGCAUGUAAUUGGCAUAAUCGCGCAAAGGGGUGCAACAUCCAAAUGUGCAUUCAGUGUCCGUUCUUUUUUCCAAUUCAGUGCCUUGCAUUGACAAACGAACAAAAUAAUGACACGAUGUAGACUACAAGUAGAUGCUAAGGGAAAUGUAUUAAAUGCAUGGAAUUAAUUUAGCCUAUAAGUGUAGUACAGCCUAUUGGAGAACGGAACUUGAUCAGUCAGCUUCACGGUAUUCUUUUUUCAGAGCUGAAUUGCACUCCUAUACUAUAUUUAUCUAAAAGACAAUGCGAAUUGUUUGUGUUGAAUGAGGUUUUUAACCCAUGCUUUAAAUGCAUCUUAAACCACUAUCACUCAUUGGGACUGGGUAUCCCGGUUUUAUAGCCCCGAAUAUAGAUAAACCUAUCAAGUUGUUUCUUGACGAUCCCAAUUUACGUAUGGUGAUGAUUUUGAUAUUCUGUCACUGUCGGACACAUUCAUCCGUGUAUUUUUAUUAGACUAAGGACCUACCGCUAUCAUUUUCUUAUUUGACCACUCAUUACUUUGUGGUAAUGUUGGGAUCAAAUUGCAUUGACUGCAAUGGCAAUUCAGACCAAGUGGAAGAUUUAUCAGUUUUCGGGUCUCUCAUAACUGUUGCAUGACGAGGCCCCCAACAGUAGCCUACCACUGGGGUACGUUUUGCUUGCGUUCUUUAUCGCGUUUCCCAUCUUGCUUCCCUGGACACGACCCCUCAGCAGAGUGCUCUAGAAUUAAACACUCGAUUUCGCCGCCGACUAUGGCGGAAAAGACUGAUGCUGCCAUGGAGGACAGGUCUUGGGACAAUUUCUCCGACGCCGAAGAGGCUAAAUGAUGUUGUCGAAGGCCUACUUGCUUGUCUUUUUCAUCGACUCCACCUUCCCUCCUCCUAAAGUCGGAGAAAUCUAUUGAAGAACAAAAUCUCCGACAGGGGACGGGGAUUGAUAGCUACGGCUAAGCAUAGAUCGAGAGUGGGAACCCUGAAAGGAAGAGUGUAUCGCAAUUGCCUCCUUUCCCCCUACCGUCCCCAAACGGUGGGGGAAGAAUAAAAAACAUUUACAGAAGGGAAGUUUGAAAGGACUCGAAGGACGCAAACAAGGGAAUAAGCCAAUCCUUUGUGGAUAUAUAGCUAUUUUUUAAUUCGUGAAAAAAUAUGGCCGAUAAUGUUCUAGAGUCCGGCCCGCCUUCAGCCAAGAGGCCUAAACUAUCAUCCCCUGCUCUCUCAGUCUCCGCCAGUGAUGGAAACGAUUUUGGUUCACUCUUUGACCUGGAGCAUGACCUCCCCGAUGAGCUCAUCAACUCGUCGGAGCUGGGCCUUGUCAACGGAGGGGACCUCAGCCAGCUCCACACCAGCCUGGGAGGUGUAAUGGGAGGAGGCCAGGAUGCUGCUGCCAAACACAAACAGCUCUCGGAGCUCCUCCGGGCUGGAGCGCCGCCCCCCUCGGGCCAGCAGGGAGCCACCAACAUCCCUGGUGGCUCCAUGGGCCUCCUGGGCAGCAUGAACGCCUCCCCUGGGCCCCAGAGCAUGGGCCCCCAGGGGCAGCACCCCUCACCCCAGCAGGCUGGCAUGAUGCAGCAGGCGGGCAUGGUGGGUGGACUGAACAGGGCCAUGAUGGGGGCCCAGAAGGGCAACGGCCAGCAGCAGGGGCCCACGCCCCAGGGCAUGAUGGGGGGCCAGGUGAUGAACGGCUCGCCCCGAAUGGGAUACCCGGUCAACCCGGGCAUGGGAAGUAACAGUAACCUGCUGGCAGAAACCCUGCAGCAGCAGGGGGGGCAGCAAAUGGGGGCAGGGGGACAGGCAGGGAUGAGGCCACAGCAACCUGGAGCACUGAACAAGAUGAAUAUGAUGGCUAAUGCGGGCCCCUAUGGUGGUCCGUACGGUCAGUCAGCAGGCCAAGGUCUGGGUGGCCCACAGCACCAGAACAAGGCUGGUCUGCCCAAUAGCCUGGCCCAGUUCAACCUGGACAAGAAGACACAGCCUGUACAGGGCAUGGCUGGGAUGGCCUCCCAGCAGACCUCGGCGGUAGGGCCAGUAUCUGUGGGUGGAGUGGCGGUUGGAGCCGGGGCCCAGGCUGGCCUUGGUACCGUUGCAACAGGUCCGGGGGCAGCGCCCCCCACGGCCGACCCGGAGAAGCGCAAGCUGAUCCAGCAGCAGCUGGUGCUCCUGCUCCACGCCCACAAGUGCCAGCGGCGGGAGCAGGCCAACGGGGAGGUGCGCCAGUGCAGCCUGCCCCACUGCCGCACCAUGAAGAACGUCCUCAACCACAUGACCCACUGCCAGGCUGGCAAGUCCUGCCAGGUGGCACACUGUGCCUCGUCGCGACAGAUCAUCUCUCACUGGAAGAACUGCACUCGGCACGACUGUCCUGUCUGCCUGCCGCUCAAGAACGCCGGAGACAAAAGGAACCAGCAGUGUGAGUGUGCUCUACUAAGCAGUGCCGGGGUUGGCCUGGGCAGCUCGUUAGGGGCAGUGCCAGGGGGUCAGCCCAGCACCCCUAACCUCAACCCGCCCAGCCAGAUUGACCCCAGCUCCAUUGAGAGGGCCUACGCCGCCCUGGGCCUCACCUACCAGGGCAACCAGAUGCCCCAGCAACCGCCCCAGUCCAACCUGCCCAACCAGUCUGGCAUGAGGUCGCUAAACGCCAUGGGAGGGAACCCCAUGGGGAUGAAUGGAGGGGUGGGGGUGCAGCCCCCCAAUCAGUCCAACCUGCUACCAGACGCCAUGCUGCACAACAAUAUGAAUGUGCAAAGUUUGAUGAACGACGGCAGCGGGGCGGGCAGCCUGGGCUCCAUGCCCAUGGCGACCCCUCCCUCAGCCGCGGGCAUGAGGAAGAACUGGCACGAGGACAUCACCCAGGACCUGCGCAACCACCUCGUCCACAAGCUGGUGAGCAGUGUGCAGGCCAUCUUCCCCACCCCGGACCCGGCUGCGCUGAAGGACCGGCGGAUGGAGAACCUGGUGGCCUACGCUCGUAAAGUAGAGGGGGACAUGUACGAGUCGGCCAACAGCAGGGCGGAGUACUACCACCUCCUGGCUGAGAAGAUCUAUAAGAUCCAGAAGGAACUGGAGGAGAAGAGGCGGACGCGGUUACAGAAGCAGGGCAUGAUGCCCAUGCAACCUGGCAUGCCUCCCUCAGGCCUGCCACAGGGACCCCUUGGCAUGGGCCAGUCGCCUCUGGCCCCCGGACAGCCGCCUAAUGGUUCUCAUGCUGACCCCUCCAUGGUUCGACCCACCGGACCCAAUCAGAUGGUGAACAGGAUGCAGAACCCUGCAGGGAUGAAUCAGUUUGGUCAAAUGGGGAUGCAGUCAUUAGGUCAGAGGUCAACGCCUCCCCUCCCACUUGGCGGACCUCUAAAUCAGAUGGGUAUGGGGCCAACGCGGAUGGGGCAGCCCAACGUUGCCCAGCUCCAGAACCAGUACCUCCCUUCUGGUCAGUUCCCUGGGUCCAGUCCUGGCCUCGGGGCUGGCCCAGUCGGCAUGAACCAUCCAGGGCCACAAGGAGGCGUGGCACAGCAGGCCCAGAUGCCCACGCCGCCCUCGCUCCCGGUCAGCAGCCCUACAGCCCAGCCAGGCUCAGCGGCAGGUUCAGGGCCCUCCCAGUGCUCCAUGGGGCCAGGCAGCGUAGGUGGAGGCCCUCCUUCCAACCUGCAACUGCCAAACUCCAACUCGUCCCAGCCCAACUCACACCCGCACUGCCCCCCCAUCCGUCAGAACUCCCCCUCCCCGGCACGCAGCCUCACGCCAACCCCUCAUCAGACGCCGUCUGGUCUGCCAGGCUCGCAAACCCCCCAGCCUCACACGCCCAACCCGCCCCAGGUCGCCCCUCCGCUCCCACAGCAGCAGCUAGCGUCGUCACAGCCAAUGGGGCAAGGAAUGAACUCGGAGAAGCCCAAUCAGCUCCAGCAGCAGACAAUCGGUGGUGGAGCUUCUGGAGGCCAGCCGGGGAAGGCUCAGUCUGUGCCUACCCAGAAUGCCCAUGUGCCAACCCAGCUUCCGCGAACUCCACUGUCUCAGAAGUCUUCUCUGACUGCAGACGGCCAGGCCUCCACUCCAGCCUCGGUGAGCAGCGUGGACCCUAGCUCCCAGCUGACCUCGUCUGACGCCCCCGCCCCAGCUGAGCCCAAGAUGGAGGUGAAACAGCAGGACGAUGAGGAUGCUGAGGACCAGGGAGAGGGGAAGGCCUCUGGGAAGAUGGGCAAGGGACAGGCAGACAUCAAGUCAGAGGAGAAACCGGAGAUUAAGAAGGAGAAGCCUUCAGGCGACGGAUGCAAGGGUGAGCCUAUGGACACAUCGUCAUCGGCAGCAACGCCGAAGAUGGAGGACAGAGACAGGAAGCCAGAGGUGAAGACUGAGCCCAAAGACGAAGAGGAGAGGUCGGGGGCAUCGGGCACGCACAGCUCCCCCGCCAGCGCUCAGAAUAAGAGGAAAAUCUUUAAGCCUGAGGAGCUGCGGCAGGCUCUGAUGCCCACCCUGGAGGCCUUGUACCGCCAAGACCCUGAGUCUCUGCCCUUCCGCCAACCAGUGGACCCCCAGUUACUGGGAAUACCCGUACGUAUUCGAACUAGUAACAAAACUAACCUGGACUACUUUGACAUUGUAAAGAACCCCAUAGACCUGUCGACGAUAAAGCGUAAGCUGGACACGGGACAGUAUCAGGAGCCCUGGCAAUAUGUGGAUGACAUCUGGCUCAUGUUUAACAACGCCUGGCUGUACAACCGCAAGACAUCCCGCGUCUACAAGUACUGCUCCAAGCUGGCCGAGGUGUUCGAAGCCGAGAUCGACCCUGUCAUGCAGGGCCUGGGCUACUGCUGCGGGAGGAAGCUUGAGUUUUCCCCCCAAACUCUAUGCUGCUAUGGGAAACAGUUAUGCACCAUCCCGCGCGAUGCUACUUAUUUUAGCUACCAGAACAGUUCACCACAAUUUGGGCUUCUUGCUGACAGGUACCACUUCUGUGAGAAGUGUUUCAACGAAAUCCAGGGCGAGUGCGUGUCCCUGGGGGAUGAUCCCUCUCAGCCUCAGACGUCCAUCAGCAAAGAUCAGUUUCAGCGGAAGAAGAAUGACACGCUCGACCCUGAAUGGCUUGUGGAAUGUAUCGACUGCGGGCGUAAAAUGCACCAAAUCUGUGUCCUGCAUAAUGACACCAUAUGGCCGGCAGGCUUUGUAUGUGACAGCUGCCUUAAGAAGGCCAAUAAGACACGGAAAGAGAACAAAUACGCGGCCAAAAGUAAGUGGAGGCUCCCUCAAACUAAGUUGGGCAGCUUCCUAGAGGGGCGAGUGAAUGACUACCUCAGGCGGCAGAACCAUCCCGAGUCUGGUGAUGUCACUAUCCGUGUGGUCCAUGUCUCCGACAAGGUGGUGGAGGUCAAGCCGGGCAUGAAAUCCAGGUUUGUGGACACUGGGGAAAUGUCGGAGUCCUUUCCCUACAGGACGAAGGCGCUGUUUGCGUUCGAGGACAUAGACGGAGCUGACGUCUGCUUCUUCGGCAUGCACGUGCAGGAGUAUGGCUCAGACAGCCCUCCGCCAAACCAGAGACGCGUGUAUAUCUCUUACUUGGACAGCGUGCACUUCUUCCAACCUCGACACCUCCGCACAGGCGUCUACCAUGAGAUACUCAUAGGGUACCUGGAGUACGUGAAGAAGUUGGGGUUUACAACAGGGCACAUCUGGGCUUGUCCCCCAAGUGAAGGGGACGACUACAUCUUCCACUGUCAUCCUGUGGACCAGAAGAUCCCCAAGCCCAAGCGCCUACAGGAGUGGUACAAGAAGAUGCUGGACAAGGCCGUAGCUGAGCGCAUUGUGCACGACUACAAGGACGUCUUCAAGCAGGCCACGGAGGACCGUCUCACCAGUGCCAACGAGCUACCAUACUUUGAGGGGGACUUCUGGCCCAACGUGCUGGAGGAGAGCAUCAAGGAGCUGGAGCAGGAGGAGGAGGAGAGGAAGAGGGAGGAGAACAGCACCUCCAGCGAGAGCGUAGAUGUGAGUGCCCCGAAAAGUGACAGCAAGAAUGCCAAAAAGAAGAACAGUAAGAAGACAAGCAAGAACAAGAACAGCAGCCUGAUCCGAGCCAAUAAGAAGAAACCAGGGAUGCCCAAUGUGUCCAAUGACCUCUCCCAGAAGCUCUACGCUUCUAUGGAGAAACACAAGGAGGUGUUCUUUGUGAUCCGUCUCAUCGCCGGCCCCACUGCCAACUCCCUGCCCCCCAUCACGGACCCAGACCCCCUAAUGGCCUGUGACCUGAUGGACGGGCGUGAUGCCUUCCUGACACUGGCCAGGGACAAGCACCUGGAGUUCUCCUCCCUGAGGAGGGCCAAGUGGAGCUCCAUGUGCAUGCUGGUGGAGCUACACAAUCAGAGCCAGGACCGCUUCGUCUACACCUGCAACGAGUGCAAGGCAAGCGUGGAGACACGCUUCCACUGCACCGUCUGCGAGGACUAUGACCUCUGUAUCACCUGCUAUAACACUAAGGGCCAUGAACACAAGAUGGAGAAGCUGGGCCUGGGCCUGGACGACGAGAGCAACAACGCAGCGGCCGCUGCCAGUCAGAGCCCCGGGGACUCCCGCCGCCUCAGCAUCCAGCGCUGUAUCCAGUCCCUGGUCCACGCCUGCCAAUGCCGCAAUGCCAACUGCUCCCUGCCGUCCUGCCAGAAGAUGAAGCGUGUGGUGCAGCACACCAAGGGAUGCAAGCGCAAGACCAACGGUGGCUGCCCUAUCUGCAAGCAACUCAUCGCCCUGUGCUGCUACCACGCCAAGCACUGCCAGGAGAACAAGUGCCCUGUGCCCUUUUGCCUCAACAUCAAGCACAAGCUCCGCCAGCAGCAACUCCAGCACCGCCUCCAGCAGGCUCAGAUGCUGCGGAGAAGAAUGGCCAGCAUGCAGAGGGUGGGCCAGCCUGCCUGCGGUGGAGGAGGACCCCCGGGGGGGCUGCCAUCACCGGGUAACAACAGCACCACAGCCCCCAGUACACCCAUGUCAGGAGGCACCCAGCCCCCAACACCACAGACACCCACCCAGCCCAACAUGCCUCCUGGGCCCCAGCCAGGGAUGGGUGGUGGAGGAACUUUGCAGCAACAGCAACAACUCCAGCAGCAGAGUGGGAUGCCUCAGCAGCACCACCAGCUCCACCACCAGUUCCAGCAGAUGCCUGGAGGAGGGGGGAUGAUGAACUCCCCCCAGCAGCAGCAGAUGGUUCCUCAGGUCCAACAGCAGUCCCAGGCUUCAAACCCCCAACAGCUCCAGCAACACCCCAACAGCCUGCCCCCUUACACCAACAGGCCUCCAGGCUCCUCGCCGCACCCCCAGUCCCAAGGCAAACCGGGCCUGGGACCAGCCACACCACCUCAGCAGCAGCCACCCCAACAGCAGCCCAACCCUGGCCAGCCUUCCAUGCCCCAACAGCAGCAACCUCCUUCGGGGCCGCCUCCAGCGGCUGUGGAGAUCGCUUUAAAGAUUCAACAAGUGGCAGACGCCCAAAGGAAGAUGGCCCUGCAGAGGCAGGCGGCGCAGGCAGCUGGUAUGAUGCCGCCGCACCCUCACCACCAACAGCCCCAGGGCCAGAUGGGCAUGGCCCACCCUGGGGUGGGCAUGGUGGGGGCCCAGGGGCUGCCUCCCCAGGCUCAGGCAGCUCAGGCUGCUGCCACCAGGGCUCACAUGGAGCAGCAACAACAACAACAGCAGCAGCAGCAGCAGGGUCCUCCAGGUAUGAUGGUGGGCCCUGCCCCCAUGCAGCAGCAGCCCCAGCAGCCUAACCCCCAGGGCCAGCUGCCUCCACAGGUGCAGCAGAGGGUUGGUCCCCCGCUUCAGAAUCCCCAGCAACAGUGGGCCGGCCAGGGAAUGCCACCCCAGCAGAGGCAAGUCAUGAUGGGACAUCCAGGCAUGGUGGCGCCUCAGCAGCAACAACCGCAGCAAAUGCAACAGCGGCAGCAGGCUCUGGGACCUGGUGGGUUGAUUGGUAUGGUGCAGCAAGGUGGUGCGGCCGGGGGUGGGAACCUCCCGCAGGCUGCCCUUCAGGAACUGCUGCGUACCCUUCGCUCCCCCAGCUCACCCGAGCAGCAACAGCAGGUGCUCAAUAUCCUUCGCUCAAACCCUCAGCUAAUGGCUGCCUUUAUCAAGCAGAGAGCCUCCAAGUACAAGGGGGGCCCAGGACCCCUGGGAGCCCCUGGUGGCCCAGGACCCCUGGGAGCCCCUGGUGGGCCAGGUCCAGCCAGAGUUCCAGGAGGUAUGGGCAGCCAACAGGUCAAUGUGAAUGCUGUGGCUGGUCAGCCAGGUAUGCACAUGGGUCAGGGAGUCAACAUGCCUACCAUGGCCCAGCUACAGCAAGUACAGCAGCUACAACAGCAGCAGCAGCAACAACAGCAGCAGCGUCCUAUGCUUAGUAGUUUGCAGCAGCAACAGGUGGCAGCACUUCAGCAACAGCAUCAACAGCAGCAGCAUCAGCAAGGAGGGAUGCCAGGCCAGCAGGCACCUAACAUGGCCAACAUAAACCCCCAGUUCAGAGAGCUCCUUAUGAGGAGGCAUCUCCAACAACAGCAACAGCAGCAGCAGCAGCAGCAGCAACAACAACAGAUUGGGAACCAUGCCCAGUUCCAGCAGCAGGGCUACAUGGGCCAGCCGGGCAUGGCCCCCCAGCAGCCUGGUCAGGGCCAGUCUGGACUGCAGCCUGGAGCCCAGCCAGGGCAGCAGCAGCAGGGUUACCCUGGCACGGUGGCCCAGCAGCAGGCUGCUGCAGUGCUCCAGCAGAGGCUCCAGCAUCAGCACCAACUCCAGAUGCAGCAGCAACAACACCAGAACGCCAUGGCGGGCCACCAGGGGGCUGAGGGGGGUCCGGGCAGUGGAGUAGGAGGCCCACCUCAGCAGCCCCAGCCGCAGGGCGCCCCCCAGCCGCUGUCCUCCCAAGCUCUGCUCCAGCAGGCCCUGCACCAGAGGCUGCUUCAACAGCAGCAGCAGCAUCUGGGUGGUGGCUCUCCAGCCCAGCACAGCAGCCCCAUGAGCCCCCAGCAGCAGAUGGCCCAGUCCCCUCACCUGCAGGGCCAGACGCUGUCCACGUCCCUCAGCAACCAAGUGCGCUCGCCUCAGCCCUCCCCGCGACCCCAGUCCCAGCCACCACACUCUAGCCCCUCCCCGCGCAUGCAGCCCCAGCCUUCCCCUCACCAUAUCUCCCCACAAACCCAGACAGGCUCCCCGCACCCGGGCCAGCUACCCCAGCACCACCCUGGCAUGGUGGUCCCCCCUCAACAGCCGCCUCAGCAGCAGCAGAACUCAAUGGACCAGUUUGGGUCUGACCAGAAUGCCAUGCUGUCUCAGCUCAGUGGGAUGGGUGGUCUUCAUGGGCCUGGAGGACCUGACAUGCUGUCUGGGAACAGCCAGGACCUUGUGCAGAACAUUAAUCACAACACCUUAGACAUCAUGUAGCCUCACCAUGCUUUCAGGACUGCACCUGGGACAGUGUUAGCCUUUUUUUACAAUUAAUAUUAUUUAAAAUGUUUUCAAUAAAAAAUACAUUGAAGUGAACUUCCUAUGGGAGAUGCAACUAUAACUCAACACGUCGAUGAAUUACUAAAUGAAUGGUAAGUUAUUGCUGUUAAUAUAUAUUUUUUGCCAAUUGUGUACAAAUAGGGGGAUGGUAUCUCCCUUAGAGAAUACAACACAGGUAAUAUUUUUUGGGCUUGGGAGUAUUUGCCUUUUUAAGAAAUGUUUUUAAGAUUUUAAAAAUUGUGAAAAAUGUAAGAGCAAAUGAUUUAAUGCAGUGGACUUAUUGUAAUUUCUCCAUGUCUUAUCAGUUUUACAGAGUGAUGUGGAUUAAUAUUAUUAUAAAUCCAAACAUCAUGCAUAUCUUUUAAAAGUUGGGUUUACUUUAUUUAUUUUAGUUUUUUGGCAGUUUGUUGGCAUAUACCCUAAGACUGCUACAAUUCACAUAGAAUAUAUUUUUGUUAUUGACUAUUGAAAUGGGGGUGGGGUUAUUUCAUUUCAAUGACGUCUGGGUUGGGCUUUCAAUCUGGAAUAAAAUGAGUGUUGGUGGUUGAGGGCCUGCUGCAAGUUUCAGUGGCCAAUGUAUACACAUUUGAAAUGCCUAACCAUUCGACAUCAAUACUGGAAGGGCCCUCCCUCACCCUCGAAUGUGUGAGCACUCCUGUAAGACACUUAGUAUUGGAGGAGGGGGGCACAUACCUAUGUGCCUGUAAAGUUUAGAGUACAUGAGGUAUGGGGGGGUCCGCCAGUGCAUAGGACAUUACGGUUCUUGUAAAGCAGAGGGAAUGGAUCCAAAUAAACUGUGCUGCACAGAACUGAGGAAGGGGAGAGACGUGACCAGUCUCUCUCUGCCUCACUCUUACUUUUCCCUCUGGACUUAACCCCAGCAGCUCAAGAGCCCAAUGCACUGGUCCCCUUCUCCUGCCCCAGAAUAAUUGCUGUCCCUCCUCCCAACCCCAAUUUAUCUUUCUGCUCAGAACUUUGAGAGUUUAAUUUAAUAUUUUUUACUGUACAAAGAACUGUGGACUCAAAUACUGUUUUUUUUAUAAUAAAAUGAAAACGACA